UUAUACAUUUGUUCAUGACUGACUUGUACAAGUCAAGAGAUAAGAUAAUUCGUUUACUGCAUUCAUUUAACGUCUAGGUCAGCUUAAAGAAAUCAUGGCGGAUAUAGGAUAUCUCGUCUUGUUAUUUUACUUAAUUGGUGGAUUCGUUGCAGUGUAUAGCAACUGUAGCAAUGGAUGGAUUCGAAAUGAUGACUCAUGCUACCUAUUUGUUGACUUGCACAGGAAGACUUGGCUUCAGGCAAAGAGUGAUUGUGAAGCACGAAAUUCCCACCUUGUUGUAAUUGAAAGUAAAGCAGAGAACGACUUUGUGAAGAAUCAACUGGCAAAAUUACAUCCAGGUACUGAGGAUCAAUUUUGGACUGCCGGAAAUGAUCUUGUCACCGAAAAUAAUUGGGUAUGGGGAAACACAUCCGACAUAUUCGAGGUGAGCUUCUGGCAUCCUGGGGAGCCGAAUCAGAGUGCAGGAGAGGAGGACUGUCUGACAUUUUAUACAAGAUAUCGUUUUGACUGGAAUGAUGAACAUUGCAAUAAACCAAUGCCUUAUAUCUGUGAAGUAGAGGAUUACAUUGACUCUGGUUCAAUAAUUGGAUGAAUGUCGAAUCUUGGAAUAUGCUGUCUUCAAUUUCGAAAAUUAAACAGCUUAAAAUUUUUGUA